GCUGAGGUAGGGACAGGCCCAGAGUGGGUACGAGUAAGCCCCUGACUGAGAGAGGGCCAGGUCAGGGAGCUGUGGAGGGGAAAGGCUGGUAUUUGCCUUUGUGCUCUCAGAUUGGAGCUGACUCUUGCUGACUUCGGAAAGGGCUGAUCAAAGGGCACCAGGGUCAGAUGAACUUCAGAACAGGCUUCUAGAGCAGAAGGCGCGGGGUCACUGAGAUACAGGAACCAACAGCAACAUGGAUGACCAUUCCCUUCAUGCCUUUGGGCCUAGUCUUUGCCAUGAAUUUAAACCUACUGUUCAUGAUAGAGUUCCCAGGGCCAAAAGGCUGUCGGAUUCCGCAGAGCAGGUUCAGGCCCAGCACUCAGCUAAGAAACCUUGUGUGUUGAGUCAUCACCGUAGCACUCCAGAUCCAUCAGAGAAACUGCUGCUGUGUUCCCCAGAUUCUGCCUGCUUUCAAGGAUCCUCUCAUUUUCUGGAUGAUGUUGGCCAUGAUGACCUUGUUGCCAGUUCUGCGUCAAAAUAUGAUGAUGUAGCCAUUUCUCUAGAUACAACCAGAUGUUUUGAUGAUAGCGAGCCAGAUGACUCCUUGUUGGAACUGUCAGACAGUGAAGAAGGGAAUUCUCCUUUCAAUUACACUGAGGAAGAGAUCCAGGAAAUCUUGGCAGAUAAUUGUGUGGAAUCUGAGUGGUACCUAACUAGAAAAAGCACUCUGAGCCAAAAUGUAAACGGAGAGAGUGAAAAGGACGAGAGCAGCAGCUGCACUGGCGUAUCAGUCAUCAGCGAAGACGCAAGUGUGGCCUCAGAGAUCACAGAGACACCAAAUGAACUUCUGUGCAGAGACUGUUCUUCACCUGAUUCUGAAUGUUAUCCUGGCCUUUUGAAUGAAAGUGCUAGUUUGGACAAGAACUAUCUGCAGUCAUCCCAAGUAAAUUGCAUGUUGUUUGACCUUGACAUUCCGGAGCUUCUGAGUCUUAGCCCAAUUGAUGCCGACUAUGUAGAUCACCCUCUGGAGGACGAUUAUUUGGAGGAAGCUGAAAGAGAAACUUCAGAAGAAAUCAUAAUCGAUUGUCUAGAGUAUGAUAGAAUGGCUAGUAGCUGUGUUCCCAAAGAAUCCUUGGAGGAGCUGAUGUCUAACGGCCGGCAAAGCCUGGGUGUGGGUUGCCUGGGAGAGACUCCUUUUGCAAGCAGAGAUGUGCCUGGCUCCUGUAGUGAUCAUGAGGAAAGCUCCAUGCCCUCUUCUCACCCUGCCUGUGGCCAGAGGAGAGCUGAUGAGAGUUUGGCACCGCUGUUACCAAGGUGUCCCACUCCCUCUUCCAGGUCCAGAAACCGAGAAUUUUCUAAAGAAACAAAGAGCUGUUUUUCACGGAAAUUAAACUUUGUAGAGGAUGAUGGAGGGCAGGAAUCUUCAGCAGUUGAACAGCCAUCAAACAGCAUUAAAUUAAGUGAUACAGCUGUAGGCCAGAUUGGGCAGGAAGAGACAACCAGUGGAAAGAAGCUUGGCAAAGUUAUUCCUGUGCCACAGGAGGAGGAGGAGGAGGAAAGAAAUCACCCAAUGUCCAACAAGAAACCUACCCAAAAGUACAGCCUCACACAGUGGGUGAGCAAGAAGUUGGCCAAACACCACCAUUUCCAGAGCAUCCCUGACCACUUCCAACGCAGCCCCGUGACAGCCUUUUCUAAUGUCUGAUUUUGCUGCUGAGGGACUGUGCUGGUUCUUAUUCUGCAUUUAGAGUUCUUCUUAAUUGUUCUGGGUUUGAGUGGUUUGUAUUUUUGUAAGUUGUUUUAUGAUCUGUUUUUAAUAAGGCCAAUGGAAGUUUCUGUGUUUUAGAAACAUUUGGAACUGUUUUUGAAGUGCAAUUUCAAUGUGAUCUGUUCCUGUAUAGGUAACUCCUGUGUUUAGCAUCCUGUUUUGUUAUGCUUUGAACUGAAAACAACCUCCUCACAGAGCAGGUAACAAAUGUAGUUGGUGUUCAAGAGGCAAGGUUGCACGUUGGGUGUGAGGACAUAAUAGUUCAAUGACGGAAUCUGGAAAAUGGGCUUUGAAGUGGGAAAACUUUUCUUUAAAGCUUGGUCCUAAACCUUGGUGUUAAAUCUCCUACAGUGAUUGGGCUCCCUUUGAAUAACAUUAAGGUUUUAAAUUGUAAAAACAGCUUAUGGCUGCUGUCCGCCUGCAUUUGGCAAAGACAAAGUUGUAUUAGUUUACUGUAAACUCAGGAGCAGCGGUUGAUUUCCCUGGUUUGGGUAUGUCUUGUCUUGUGCUGUUGUUCUUUCGGUCCCUGAAAAGUUUGCUGCCUCCUUUGGUUGGUUUUACUUCUGGUUUCAUUUGUAACUUCUGUUGUGAAAAUGUUUCAUGAGAUUUGCACUUCUGUUUAUAAAAAUUUUGCACCUGUUAGAUGUAGUUUUCUUUCCUGUUGUGAGUGGAGAGGCUCUCCCCUUUCACUUGCCUGCUUUCUGGAGUGCCCAGAGGAAUGUGACCUCAUGUUCAUUUAAGCCACACAGUCCGAGAGCAACUGCUGGUCUCUGUGCCGCCUCCA